AUGGAGCACUACCCGAGUCUGGGUUUCUUCCUUCUGGCCUCCUUAGCUGCCCAUGUGGCCUUUGGUGGCACUCUACGCAGCCAGAUCGUCGGAGGGCACGAAGCCCCCCCACACUCUCGACCUUAUGUAGCAGCUCUGAAAAUAGGUGGAAAUUUUGGCUGCGGGGGCUUCCUGGUGGCCCCUCAGUGGGUGAUGUCUGCAGCCCACUGCAACGGAGACAUCCUUGUCAUUCUGGGAGCUCAUGAUCUGAACGCUGUAGAAGACACCCAGCAAGUGUUCGGUGUGGAAAGUGCUCAUGAACAUCCAGACUACAAGCUAUAUGGUGGAACGCCAUACAAUGACAUUCUUCUCCUGAAGCUGGAUCGCGAAGCCAAGCUCAACAAAUACGUCCAAGUCAUUCCUUUACCACAGACCGAAAACGAUCUCCCCAAAAACACAGAAUGUGUUGUCGCGGGCUGGGGACGCAUCGACGACCGGUAUGAAGGCACAUCCAAGCUUUUUAUGACCAACGUCACCUUCCCUGGCCGCAGGAAGUGCCUGCAGUUCUUCCCAGAACUCACCGACGGCAUGGUUUGCGCAGGGGGCCGCUCCAAGCUCUGUGAUGUCAGCAACGGGGAUUCCGGAAGCGCUCUGGUGUGCAAUGGAGCCGCUCACGGGGUUGUCUCCUUCGGCUUCCAAGUGCCACCGUCAGUUUACACCCGUGUCGCUGACUACCUUCCUUGGAUCAGAAAGGUCAUGGGGCAAGGCCAGGAAAGGCCAGAACCACCCGCCUUCUGA